AUGCGUAGUGGGAUAAAUGGCCUCUCCUCGCGACCACGCGUGAUAUUGUCGGUCCCUCGCGACGUCGGCCAUCAUUCAUUUUUUCCGUCCUUCUUUCUUUCUGUUCUUUUUUCCUUUCUUUCCGGAAUUCUUUCUUUCCUGAAUUCUUUCCUUCCAUCCUUCUUUCUUUCUGUCCUUCUUUUUAACUUUCUUUCCGUCCUUCUUUCUAUCUCUCAUUCUUUUUUCCUUUCUUUCCGGCAUUCUUUCAUUCUUUCCGUCCUACUUUCUUUCUGUCCUUCUUUUUUUCUUUCUUUCCUGUAUUCUUUCUUUCCGUCCUUCUUUCUUUCUGUCCUUCUUUUUUCCUUUCUUUCCGUCCUUCUUUCUAUCUCUCAUUCUUUUUUCCUUUCUUUCCGGCAUUCUUUCAUUCUUUCCGUCCUUCUUUCUUUCUGUCCUUCUUUUUUCCUUUCUUUCCGUCCUUCUUUCUAUCUCAUUCAUUCUUUCCGUCCUUCUUUCUUUCUGACUUUUUUUCCUUUCUUUCCGGACUUCUUUCCGUCCUUCUUUCUUUCCUUCCUUCUUUUUUUCUAUCCUUCUUUUUUUCUUUCUUUCCCUCCUUCUUUCUAUCUGUCCUUCUUUUUUCCCUUUCUUCCCGGCAUUCUUUCUAUCUGUCCUUCUUUUUCCUUUCUAUCCGUCCUUCUUUCUUUCUAUCCUUCUUUUUUCCUUUCUUUCCCUCCUUCUUUCUUUCUAUCCUUCUUUUUUUCCUUUUUUUCACUCCUUCUUUCUUUUUGUCCUUCUUUUUUUCAUUCUUUCCUGCAUUCUUUCUUUCUGUCCUUCUUUCUUUCUGUCCUUCUUUUUUCUUUUCUUUCCGUCCUUCUUUCUUUCUAUCCUUCUUUUUUCCUUUCUUUCCCUCCUUCUUUCUUUCUAUCCUUCUUUUUUUCACUCCUUCUUUCUUUUUGUCCUUCUUUUUUUCUUUCUUUCCUGCAUUCUUUCUUUCCGUCCUUCUUUCUUUCUGUCCUUCUUUUUUCCUUUCUUUCCGCCCUUCUUUCUAUCUCUCAUUCUUUUUUUCCUUUCUUUCCGGCAUUCUUUCAUUCUUUCAGUCCUUCUUUCAUUCUGUCCUUCUUUUUUCCUUUCUUUCCGUCCUUCUUUCUAUCUGUCCUUCUUUUUCCUUUCCUACCUGCCUCCUUUCUUUCCGUCCUUCUUUUUUUUUCUGUCCUUCUUCUUUCCCUCCUUUCCAGCAUUCAUUCUUUCCGUCCUUCUUUCUUUCUGUCCUCUUUUCCUUUCUUUCCGGACUUCUUUCUUUUCGUCCUUCUUUCUUUCCGUCCUUCUUUCUUUCUAUCCUUCUUUUUCCUUUCUUUCCUUCCUUCUUUCUAUCUGUCCUUCUUUUUUUCCUUUCUUCCCGGCAUUCUUUCUAUCUGUCCUUCUUUUUUUCCUUUCUAUCCGUCCUUAUUUCUUUCUGUCCUUCUUUUUUCCUUUCUAUCCGUCCUUCUUUCUUUCUAUCCUUCUUUAUUUCCUUUCUUUCCCUCCUUCUUUCUAUCUGUCCUUCUUUUUUUCUUUCUUUCCUGCAUUCUUUCUUUCCGUCCUUCUUUCUUUCUGCCCUUCUUUUUUCCUUUCUUUCCGGCAUUCUUUCUUUCUGUCCUUCUUUUUUCCUUUCUAUCCGUCCUUCUUUCUUUCCGUCCUUCUUUUUUCCUUUCUUUCCGGCAUUCUUUCUUUCCGUCCUUCUUUCUUUCUAUCCUUCUUUUUUUCCUUUCUUUCACUCCUUCUUUCUUUCUGUCCUUCUUUUUUCCUUUCUUUCCGGCAUUCUUUCUUUCUGUCCUUCUUUUUUCCUUUCUAUCCGUCCUUCUUUCUUUCCGUCCUUCUUUUUUCCUUUCUUUCCGGCAUUCUUUCAUUCUUUCCGUCCUUCUUUCUUUCUAUCCUUCUUUUUUUCCUUUCUAUCCGUCCUUCUUUCUUUCUAUCCUUCUUUUUUCCUUUCUUUCCCUCUUCCUUUCUUUCCGUCCUUCUUUUUUUCUUUUCUUUCCCUCCUUCUUUCUUUCCGUCCUUCUUUUUUCCUUUCUUUCCGGCAUUCUUUCUAUCUGUCCUUCUUUUUUCCUUUCUUUCCGGCAUUCUUUCUUUCCGUCCUUCUUUCUUUCUGUCCUUCUUUUUUUCCUUUCUUUCCGUCUUUCUUUCUUUCUUUCUUUCCUUCUUUCUUUCUUUCUUUCUUUCUUUCUUUCUUUCUUUCUUUCUUUCUGUCCUUUUUUUUUCCUUUCUUUCUGUCCUUCUUUCUUUCUUUCCGUUCUACUUUCUUUCUGUCCUUCUUUUUUCAUUUCUUCCCGGCAUUCUUUCUAUCUGUCCUUCUUUUUUCCUUUCCUACCUGCCUCCUUUCUUUCUUUCCGUCCUUCUUUCUUUCUGUCCUUUUUUCUUUUCUAUCCGUCCUUCUUUCUUUCUAGCCUUCUUUUUUCCUUUCUUUCCCUCCUUCUUUCUUUCUGUCCUUCUUUUUUCCUUUCUAUCCGUCCUUCUUUCUUUCUAUCCUUCUUUUUUCCUUUCUUUCCCAUCUUCUUUCUUUCUGUCCUUCUUUUUUCCUUUCUUUCCGUCCUUCUUUCUUUCUUUCUUUCUUUCUUUCUUUCUUUCUUUCUUUUUAGAUUCUACUUUCUUUCUAUCCUUCUUUUUUCAUUUCUUUCCGUCUUUCUUUCUUCUAACCGAGAUUGA